GUGGCCAGUCUCAGCCAGUAACGCGGAGCGGAUCUCUCUCGCUUUCGGACCUCGUGAGCCAAGAGAUCCGAAAAGAUUUCCGACGGCUCCCUCUCCCUUUGUCUCUUACUUUGUCACUGGUCCAAGCGAGUCGCGUGAAGACGACGAGGGUCUGCUCCCACGGCACCGCCAUGGUCGAGACCGAAUCGCUCCUCCAUCGCCUCGGAUUGGUUUCUUAGCUUCAUCCUCGAAUUUAGUUGUCUCUGUAGGAAUGUAAGGGCAAGAUAGUAAUUGCAGUGGUUGCUGGAAGAUGGAGGGUUGUGACUGCUUUGAGCCACAAUGGCCUGCUGAAGAACUUCUAAUUAAAUAUCAAUACAUAUCAGAUUUCUUCAUAGCCCUUGCUUAUUUCUCUAUUCCACUUGAGCUCAUUUAUUUUGUGAAGAAGUCUUCCUUCUUUCCAUAUAGAUGGGUUCUGGUUCAGUUUGGUGCAUUUAUCAUCCUUUGUGGAGCAACCCAUCUCAUAAACUUGUGGACUUUCACAGUUCACUCAAAAACUGUUGCCAUUGUUAUGACUGUUGCAAAAAUUUCAACUGCCGCUGUGUCCUGUGCAACAGCUCUAAUGCUUGUUCAUAUCAUUCCUGAUUUGCUGAGUGUAAAGACAAGAGAGUUGUUUUUGAAGAGUAAAGCUGAAGAACUGGAUAGAGAAAUGGGCUUGAUACGGACACAGGAAGAAACAGGAAGACAUGUUAGAAUGCUUACGCAUGAAAUCAGAAGCACACUUGAUAGACAUACUAUAUUAAAGACUACCCUUGUGGAGUUGGGGAGGACUUUGGGUUUGGAGGAAUGUGCACUCUGGAUGCCAUCACGUAGUGGUUCAAGUCUUCAGCUUUCUCAUACCCUGCGGCACCAGAUUACAGUUGGGUCAACUGUACCAAUUAAUCAUUCUAUAGUCAAUCAAGUGUUUAGUAGCAGUCAUGCAAUAAUAAUUCCACACGCAUGCCCACUGGCAAGGAUUCGGCCUCUUGCAGGAAGAUAUGUCCCACCAGAGGUGGCUGCAGUGAGAGUUCCUCUUUUGCAUCUUUCAAAUUUCCAAAUUAAUGAUUGGCCAGAGCUUUCUGCAAAAAGUUAUGCUGUGAUGGUUUUGAUGCUCCCAUCAGAUAGUGCAAGAAAAUGGCACAUUCAUGAACUGGAGCUUGUUGAGGUGGUUGCUGAUCAGGUAGCGGUAGCACUUUCACAUGCUGCUAUUCUGGAAGAAUCUAUGCGGGCACGUGAUUUACUCAUGGAACAAAAUAUUGCCUUAGAUUUGGCUCGGCGGGAGGCAGAAAUGGCCAUACGUGCUCGCAAUGAUUUUCUAGCUGUCAUGAACCAUGAAAUGCGGACUCCAAUGCAUGCAAUUAUUGCUCUUUCUUCCCUGCUUCUCGAAACUGAGCUCACUCCUGAACAACGAUUGAUGGUAGAAACCAUAUUGAAGAGCAGCAACCUUCUAGCUACGCUUAUCAAUGAUGUUUUAGAUCUGUCUAAACUCGAGGAUGGAAGCCUUGAGUUAGAGAUUGGACCUUUCAAUCUUCAUGCAGUUUUUAGAGAGGUCAUGAAUUUGAUAAAGCCAAUUGCAGCUGUGAAGAAAUUGUCAGUGUCAGUGAUGUUGGCGCCAGACUUGCCAUUGUGUGCCAUUGGUGAUGAAAAGCGGCUCAUGCAGACUAUUUUAAAUAUUGCUGGUAAUGCUGUUAAAUUUACAAAGGAGGGCCGCAUUUCACUUACAGCUUCAGUUGCCAAGCCAGAAUAUUUGAGGGACAUUCCUGACUUCUGUCCGGUUCCCAGUGAUCGGCAUUUUUACCUGAAAGUUCAGGUUAAGGAUACUGGUUGCGGAAUCAGUCCCCAAGACAAAGCACAUUUAUUUACCAAAUUUGCACAGGCUCAAAGUGGAAAAAACCAAGGAUAUAGCGGCAGUGGACUUGGGCUUGCCAUUUGCAAGAGAUUUGUGAGUCUUAUGGAAGGACACAUCUGGCUUGAAAGUGAAGGUGCUGGUAAGGGUUGUACAGCCACGUUCAUCGUGAAGCUUGGGACGUGUGAAAAUCCAAUUGGUUUUCAGCAACAAGUUGUGCCUAAAGCAAGGCCAAGUCAUAGAGAGGCAGAUCUUUCGGGCCCAAGAGCAUUGUCAAAAGACGAGAAAGGACUGGCUCGAUACCAAAAAAGUGUAUAGAUGGUUUGAAUGUCUGGUUAGCAAUACCAAUUUUGAUAAAAUUCAAUGUGUGAUAUGUGGAAAUCCAUGAUUCUGAUGCUUUCAGCUAGCACAUUUUGUUGCACAAAUGAGAAUUGAGCAGCUCUUGCAAUAGUAAAGGUAGUACUGUAGAAAUGCUGGUUCCAACACUGACUUGAUGGUAGUAUCUAUUAUUUGAAGCACUGUAUAUCAACAUCCUUCUAUCGGCUUGAUUGAAGCUUGCUAUAAUAUAUUUGAACGUUUAAGUGAAAUUUGGUGCAUUUUGAUA